AUGGCCAGUCCGUUGCAGUUUGCCUACCGAACCCAGAAGGCCAUCGGCGUCUUCGAUGCCGCGCCUGUCUACGAAGACCUCCCUGGGUUCGACAAGCCUGGAGGAAACCUCCGGUGCUGUGUCUACUCGCCAUGCGGCCGAUACUUUGCCUACGCCUCUGAUGAGGGCGUGUCGAUUGUCGACGCCUCGGUCGGUCAUGUGCUGACCUCGCUGCCGAUCCCGACCGUUUACGAUCUCAGCUUCUCGCCCCGCGGCUCGUACUUGAGCACCUGGGAGCGCUCUGCCAUGGACGAGAACGGGGACGCCACCAAGAACCUCUUGAUCUGGCGUGUCAUUGAACAUGUCGAGGAGGGUGCCGAAAAGCAACCCAUUGGCAAAUUCGUCCAAAAGUCCAUGACCAACUGGAAUCUGCAGUACACGGCCGACGAGCAGUUCUGCGCCCGUCUCGUGACCAAUCAAGUCCAGUUCUACCAAGGCGACGACCUGACUACCGUCUGGAACAAGCUGCGCGCCGAAGGCGUGACCGACUUUGCUAUCGCCCCCGGAAUGAACCAGAAUGUUGCUGUUUUCGUGCCCGAGCGCAAAGGCCAACUCGCCGGAGUGAAGGUCUUCAAUAUGCCGCAAUUCGCUACCCCGAUUUCCCAGAAGACAUUCUCUAGGGGCGACAAGGUCCAGCUUAAAUGGAACGCGCUCGGCACAAACCUCAUUGUGCUUGCCCAGAUAGAGGUAGACAAGUCUAACAAAAGCUACUAUGGCGAGACAAAUAUGUACCUGCUGAGCGUCAAUGGUUCCUUCGAUGCCCGCGUAAUCCUGGAUAAGGAGGGCCCCAUCCACGAUGUCGCUUGGUCUCCGAACUCGAAAGAAUUCGCCGUGACUUACGGGUUUACACCUGCCAAGACGACGCUCUUCAACCACCGCGCCGUGGUUACGCAUUCUUUCUCCCUCGCGCCCCGCAAUACUCUGAUCUUCUCGCCUACUGGCCAGUUCGUCCUUGUCGCCGGCUUUGGCAACUUGGCUGGUCAGAUCGAUGUCUAUGAUCUCGAAAAGGACCACCGCAAGGUGACGACAAUCGAGAGCGGGAACCCCAGCGUGUGCACCUGGAGUCCGGACAGCCGUUACAUCCUGACAGCCACCACUUCUCCACGCCUCCGUGUCGACAAUGGCGUGAAGCUCUGGCAUGUAACUGGCGGCAUCAUGUACAACCAAGAGAUGGUCGAGUUGUACAACGUCAUGUGGCGGCCCGCGCCGCUCGAGAGUCUGCCGAGCGGAGAUGCUCUGCAUCCCGUGCCAGCUCCCCAUGCCUCGGCCCUAGCGUACUUGGACACGGUCAAGACACCGUCUAAGCCGGCGGGUGUCUACCGGCCCCCUGGCGCACGGGGUACCGUGACACCGCUGCACUUUAAGCGUGAGGACGAGGGUGGUGCGGCCUACAUUGUCGGCAACGGCACCUUAUCGGUCGGACCUAGCGGAUUUGGACGUCUGCGCCGUCGAAUUCUAGGAGCUGAGGGAGCCGCGAUGGAGGAAGACGAGGGCUUAUCCAAGACUGCGCUUAAGAAUAAGAAGAAGCGCAACAAGAAGGCAAAGAAAGGGGCUGCGCCGCCGCGUGCUCCUGUUACUCGUAUUGCACCGGACUCACCUGUUUUCGUUACUCCUAUCGCACUGGUUUCGCCUGUUGUCCAAGUGGUUGACCCUGCUACGGCGGCCAACCAGAGUGCUAAUGCCAAGAAGAUUAGGGGCCUUCAGAAGAAGAUGCGCGCAAUCAAAGAUUUGGAAAUGCGUUAUGCGUCCGGCGAGAAGCUCGAGGACACGCAAGUGAAGAAGAUUAAGACCAAGGUGGACGUGAUGAAGGAGCUUGAUGUGCUGGCAAAGCAGUCGGCCUAA